AUGGCGAAGAUUUUAGGAGAAGGACAUGUUCGGAAGACCGGUAGAGCUUGUGUGAUCUUGGAAAAAAGUAAAAAUGUAUUAGUUGAUUUACCUGAAAGUGCUUUUCGAUUGAAUUAUGAUAAGAAAUGGUAUGAGCCUGAGCAUGGUGAUCAUCUUAUCUUCUCUGCUCAACUUCAAAAUGGUAGAUACUCGGCUGUGACGGCUAUUAGACAAUGUGAUCUUCUUCAAACAUAUGGAAGUCUUUCUUAUUUUGAUGAUCAAUUAAAGUUUGGACAUGUUUCGAUUCAAGGAAGGACGGCUAAAGUUUUUGUUCCAUUUUCUACUCGAACUACGAACGGAGCGUGUUGGUACGGACAAGGUGCAUACAUCGACAAACCAUAUCUUAUCCACAUGUUCCGACAAGAAGAAUCUCAUGGGUGUAAAUAUGUUGCUUGGGCUAUUUUUGACGAUAACCGGAAAACUGCCAAUGCUCCUGCUCAAUCAGAAUCAACAAAUGUGUCUCAUAUGAAAAAACUGGGAACAACGAACGCAGUUCAGCGGCAAUCGGAUCAUCAAUCAGUGGAAUUUGUGAAAUCUCAAACCGGUGUUAUCUACGACGUAUCUGAUAACUUUGUCGUUUCGGUGACUUCUCCAACAUGUCAGAACGUUGAAUUUGCACCUGCUCUUUUUGAAUCAUGGAUGAGACCUGGAAGAUUUAUGACCUUUGAUGGACGUCGAGUUUCUGAUGUGAAAACAUCGAAAUUGAUGGGUAGCAACCCUGAAGACAUGGGAUCGAUUUACCCAAUAAGAAAAUUGGCUCCCUUGACUAUUACCAUCAGUGCUGUGUUCAACAAAGUCUCUCACGGAAAAGCUGGUUGGGCAUGGAACGACCAUGUUGGUCGUAUAUAUGUACCAUGGAAUUGUACAGAUCGCCACAUGUCAGCUUCCAAGCCCCUUCCAUUCACACCUGUGCAUUUGGAAAUCGCCUACAAUGGAAAACAUGAUGACAUCCCAUGGGUUGCAUCUUCUGCUGCUCUUUGUGAAGAACUUGAGUUCGAUCAGGUUAUCGACGAAAACGCUCGCAUGCUUAGAACGGAAGACAACUGGAAGAUUGCUUCAAUUGUCGACGGCCCGGACAAUCCGAGCAUAUUCUUGCAAAAGUUGGACGAGUCUGGCAAGAAGAAAUGUGCUUUCGCCAAAGUGAUCGAUUUGAACAGCGGAAACAUUCCACCAACUGGAACCCUCGUUCGAAUUACGUACUACGCUCAGGAGCGUCAUGGAAGGCAUGCUUUUCGAUGUGUCCUUGUCACAUCAAUGGAUAAAGUGGAGCGCUUUCCCAAAGUUCAUUUGGUUCAUAACGGAAUCGGAGUCAAGCACUUCCCAAUGUUGUAUGAGCAACCGAUUCCCAAAAAACAGAAGGUUACUGAGUCAGCUCCUCGUAUUCAAGCAGCUCCACCACCGCCGAAAAACUGCUGGAACAUGAAGAAUCUUGGAGCACCUGCAGUGCAGCCAUCUGCACGAGACUUUCCGACCGUUGACGGAUCGGAGAUUGAGGAGAAGGAGAAUAUUCCUACCCAAUCGAUGGAGUCACUUCGGAUUAAUUCAGAUGAAUCUAUUCCCGCUGUUGUGUCAAAGUCGGUAAUCGAACCACCACCAGGUCUGGAAGCGCUACCACGAUAUUCUGCUCAUCCGGCUAAUGCCUUAACACUCGAAGAGCUCGAAGCUUCCCAGGUGUCUGCAGCUGCUUUACCACCGCGUCCCAGCUACGGUCUUCGUAUGAGUAUGGGUUCAAUGUGGAGUGGAACACCAGCGGAAUCGAAACCAGAAGAGCUAACUACAUUUUUCCCACAGGAAACAUUUGUUAAUACCACCUUAGGACAGUUUAGUUCCGCGUUCACACCAUCGGGAGAUAACUUCUUCACAGAGCUGGCUACUGUUUCACAGCCGUCCACUUCAAGUGCAGUAAAUUCGAAUCCAAUCAGUGAUCUGCGUAACACACAAUCCGAGGCGUCUUCCCCUGGAUUGAAAUCCGACAUAAAUGAGCAGUCAGAAGAGCAAGGAAACUGUUGGUCGGCAUUUGACAACAACACGUUCGGUGGAUCAUUCUCGUUCGGAUUUCCACACGUUGACCUUCCUAUCUAUCAGAGCAUGAUUCCAAAAUCUCAAGAGCUUCUGAAGAUCACACCAACAGCCGAAACCGAUGCAGAUGCUGCACCAUCGACAACAGACACUAACGCCGACUCGUGCACUUGUGGAAACGAACAAUUGAUUUGGGACCUGUGGGAGAAUCCUCGCUUCGUAGCUGCUUUUUCUGCCAGUGAUCCGGAAACGUACAGGCGCGUGGAGGCGAGACGUCACACGUUCAGUUCUGUUCACCGCCAUUAA